AUGGGUGUUCGACUUAGUAUGACAACAGCACAUGAAGCUCAAGCUGAUAGACAAACUGAACGACAAAAGCUAGUCGUCGAAGAUGCACUUAGACGUAUGGUGUCCUAUCAAUGUACAGAUUGGACAGAUUACUUAGGCACCAUAGAAUAUGCUCAUUCGACACUUUUCAGCGCAUCCACGGAGUAUUCUUCCUUUGAGAUUGAUACCGGGAGAAAGAAACGCUCUCCAUGGCAAAAAGAGUUAAGAACAAACGAUGCUAAAGUGAAAAUUGAUGUACAGACUAAAGAGUUUGUGGAAAAAAGUCAAAAAAUAAUUGAGCAAGCACGAAAGAGCCCACUCAAAGCUCAAGCCACUCGAAAGCAAUCAGAAGAGAAGAGUUGA